AUGGCCGAACUAAAGGCAUUAUUAGCCGAAAGAAGGCAGCUUAAAUCUAGUUUAACACGGUUUAAACACUUUUUAGAGAAACAAAAUUCGUCAGAACAAAUUGCGCUGUCAGAAUUAGACGUUAGAUUGUCUCAAAUUCAAGAUCAUUUAAAGAAAUUUGAAGAUAUACAAUUAAAAAUUGAAAUUUUAUCAACAGAAAACGAGUCGAGCGAUGUUUUAGAGGAUAUUAACGAACGGGAUUCUUUUGAGAGUAACUUUUAUUCAGCGAUAAGUUUAGCUAGUGAUAUUUCAAAUCAAUAUAGAAUAACUGAACAAAAUCAUGAACAUUCGAUCGAUAAUAAUGAUAUACGUACGGUUGAUAAUAAAGUAUUUGAUAAUUUACAGCAAGUAAGACUUCCUCAGUUAAACUUACCUACUUUCAAUGGAGAUUAUAGUGAAUGGUUAUUUUUUCGAGAUAGUUUUAAAUCUCUAAUACACGAAAAUGUAAGUUUAGAUAUAAUUCAGAAAUUUCACUACUUAAGACUUUUACUUAAGGGCGAAGCUGCACAAGUAGUGCAAUCGUUAGGCGUUUCGGCAAAUAAUUAUGACACAGCUUGGUCUCUAUUAAAUGCGCGUUAUGAAAACAUACCCUUACUUGUCGGAAAUCAUGUACGUGCUAUUUUUAAUUUACCUAAUCUAAAUGAGGAAUCUCACGUAGGGCUUAGACAAUUAUUAGAUGGUGUCACACAACAUACUAGGGCGCUCGAAGUUUUAGGCCAGCCUGUGAACUCUUGGGAUACUUUGUUGAUUCAUAUUUUAAUUUCAAAAUUAGAUGGUGUUUCUAGAAGAGCUUGGGAAGCUCAAAAUAGUUCUAAUGUUUUGCCUACUUUUCGCGUGUUCAAAGAAUUCUUACAAGAAAAAUGUCGUGUACUAGAAGCAAUAAGUCAAAGUUCUUCUAAGUCGAUACGCGGAGAAAAAAGAAUACAUAUAACAGUGUAA